AAGAUUCUAAUAAGAAAUUAUGGUUAUCGAACACUCUGAAAUAAACAAGAUUAAUAAAUCAUUAAAAAAUGAUAUUUCAUCUGCUAAAAAACAAGUUUCAUUAACAUUGGAUAAUGAAAACUAUUAUUCAGAUGAAGAUGUGGAUUCUAGAUUGGCUUUGCGUCAAGAAUACAGAAAAUUAAUCAAGAUAACAGAUGAAAAGAAGCAAGAUUAUAUUAAAACAGGUGGUAAUGGGUUAAUAAAUACAAUUAAAAUGGCAGAUAAACUUUUUGAAAAAGUUAAACGACCUCAAGAAGCAGCUUUAGAUUCUCAACUUCUUGUUCAGACAGCUAGUAUUGUAAAUAUGAAAGCAAAACGGUUAAAGCUAGGAAAUUUAUUAUUUGAUAUGGAUAUAUAUAUUGGAAAAUUAUUUUCGUUUAUAAAAGAUAGUAAAGAUUGUCAUAUGAAUGAAGACUCGGGACUAGAUUGGAUGAAAAUUGGAAGAUUGGCAAUGUUAUGUAAUAAAAGACCACCUACUAUAAAUUUUAUGUUAGGGCCUUUAUCAGUUGAAAGAAAAGAGCGGAAAGUUACACGUCAAGAAAGAUUUCAUAAAAAUAAAGAAGAUCUUGUGCAGCCAGAGGAGAUAAAAGACGAAGAUACAUUGCCUCAAGAUAAUACAACUCCUAAAAAUGUUAUGAAUAUUAACAAUUUUUUAAAGCGUUAUUCUCCUAUAGGAUUAUUUGAGUUUGUUAUAAAUCCGGAAAGUUUUUGUCAAACAGUAGAAAAUAUGUUUUACUUAAGUUUUUUAAUAAGAGAAGGUAAAGCUAGCUUGAUGAAAGGAAAAAACGAUAUAUUGGUUCUUGAAAGUAAAAACAUAUCCUCAAGUGAAGAACAAGCUCAAGGAAAUAAGAAACAAGUAGUUAUUUAUAUUGAUAUGAAGAUUUGGAGGGAUGCUAUUGAAGCAUUGGAUAUAACAAAAUCUAUUAUUUCGACUAGAUAAUUUUAUUUAUAAUUCUAUAUUACAAAUACAAUAUUAUCAAUAUAAAAUAAAUAUUUUAAGGAAAAAGACAAUAAAUAACU